AUGGCAUUGACCAACUUCAACCCCGAUGCAUUCUUCGAGGCCUGGACAGAAAAAGAAUACUCUCCAACCCACAGCAACAAGCCAUUAGCACAAUGUAUAGGAGAAUCCUUCGGCAUCCCCCCAACCGACAAAUACAUCUACCGCGCCCAAGCCGAAACAACCCUCCACGCGGCCCAAAGAGCCAUCGAAGCGAAGAGAGCCCACGGUCUCCAUGGAUGGUACCACGAUGACUCCGGAAAACCUUUCGACCCGCCCCAAUACCCAACGCCAGAAGAGAUCCAAGCCUACACCACCCUCUUCUCCCCCCAAAACAACCUCCCCACAGCCCUAAACAACUUCACCAAAUCCGCAAAAGCCGACACCCUCCGCAAACGCAUAGGAAACCAUCUAACCAGCCGCUUCCUCAACACCUCAACCCAAACCCUGCUCCCAGCGAAGCGAGACCCCAAAAAAGCCCCCCGCCAACACAAAAACCCCUACCUCGAUCUGUGGGCCUACUCCUGUGAAGAACUAGAAUGGGCAGGUCCUUUACCCUUAACAACAAACACCCGAAUCUCGCAUCACAUCCUCCCAAUCUUCUACCACCAUUUCGGCUGCGCAGUCCCGUCUUACGCCGCUUUGCAUGUUCUGGCUAAACUGGCUCAGCCGGCGCGGCCCGCAAAGGAAGAUGUGUUGCCUAUCCUGGAUGUAGGGAGUGGAAAUGGGUAUUGGACGUAUAUGCUCCGCAACUUCCCUGUUUCGCAUAUUGGUACGGAGAAGGGACUCGAUGUACGGGCUAUUGAUAAUCAGGUUAGUGAGUAUCGGGUGACGUGGAUUAAAGAUACGAUUAUUAUGGAUGGGAAGGAGUAUCUCAAACGCCAUGAUGGCGGGAAGGGAUGCGUGUUACUACUGGUAUAUCCACAAGCGACGGGGGGUUUCACGGGCCCGCUGCUUAAGGCGUUCGCAGGGGAUAGGAUUGUGGUUGCGGGGACGCAGAACGGGAACGGGUUUACUGGAUUUCAGGAUGUGGUGGUUGAUGAGUGGGUGGAGAAGAAUCUGAAGGCAUUUGAGUUGGUGCUUAGGAUGCCGUUGCCGAGUUUUGCGGGCAAGGACGAGGCGCUGUUUGUGUUUGAGAGGAGGAAGUAG